UGAAAGAGGCGUGACUUAUAAAUAUUAACAAACGUAUCUCAGUUGUUAUAGAAAUGUAGCUAUUAUUAAUAACGCUGCGUGGUGAUUAGGGGGAAGAGUAAUGAAUAAUUAAGUAGCCGUGUGGACGCCGCGAAGAAACUCCGCGGGCUUCUGCAUAAUUUACGCGGGGGUGGGCGGGGCUUAUGCUAAUGUGGCGGGAGACGGAGCCAGGGGCUGCAAAGAUGGCGGCCGAGCGCAGUCGCUCCCCGAUGGGGGGCUCGCCCGUGCCGGCUUCGAUGUUCGCCCCGGAGCCCGCCUCGCACUGCGGGGCGGCGGCGGCGGCGGCGGCUUCCUCCCGGCCUCACCGCGACAUCCCGGACUCGGACUGCAGCGAGGACGGCGAAGUGCUCAAUGGGGAGCCGGAGCUCGAUCUCACCAGUAAGCUAGCGAUGGUGAGUCCAACAUCAGAACAGUAUGAUAGCUUGCUCCGGCAGAUGUGGGAGAGAAUGGAUGAAGGAUGUGGGGAGACAAUCUAUGUCAUUGGUCAAGGGUCAGAUGGGACUGAGUAUGGGCUCAGUGAUGCGGACAUGGAAGCCUCCUAUGCCACAGUGAAGAGCAUGGCAGAGCAAAUAGAUGCAGAUGUAAUCCUCCUACGAGAACACCAGGAAGCAGGAGGAAAAGUGCGUGACUACCUGGUUCGGAAGCGUGUGGGUGACAAUGACUUCCUGGAAGUCAGGGUAGCUGUGGUUGGCAAUGUGGAUGCUGGGAAGAGCACUCUGCUGGGUGUCCUCACUCAUGGCGAGCUGGACAAUGGGCGUGGUUUUGCUCGGCAGAAGCUCUUCCGCCACAAGCAUGAGAUUGAGUCAGGCCGGACCAGCAGUGUGGGCAAUGACAUUUUGGGCUUUGACAGUGAAGGCAAUGUAGUAAACAAGCCCGACAGCCAUGGUGGAAGUCUUGAGUGGACUAAGAUUUGUGAGAAAUCAACAAAGGUUAUCACUUUCAUUGACCUUGCUGGGCAUGAGAAGUACCUGAAGACUACAGUCUUUGGCAUGACAGGACACCUACCUGAUUUUUGCAUGCUAAUGGUGGGCAGCAAUGCUGGAAUUGUGGGGAUGACCAAGGAGCACCUGGGUCUGGCAUUAGCACUCAACGUCCCUGUCUUUGUGGUGGUGACUAAGAUUGACAUGUGUCCUGCCAAUAUUCUCCAAGAAACCCUGAAGCUGUUGCAGCGACUUCUGAAGUCCCCAGGAUGCAGGAAAAUCCCUGUCCUGGUCCAGAGCAAGGAUGAUGUCAUUGUUACUGCCUCCAACUUCAGCUCAGAAAGGAUGUGCCCAAUAUUCCAGAUUUCCAAUGUCACUGGUGAGAACUUGGAGUUGCUUAAGAUGUUUCUCAAUCUUCUAUCUCCACGGACCAGUUACAGGGAAGAAGAGCCUGCAGAAUUUCAGAUAGAUGACACUUACUCUGUUCCAGGAGUUGGAACAGUGGUGUCUGGGACAACACUUAGAGGGCUGAUCAAGUUAAAUGACACCUUGCUUCUAGGACCAGAUCCCCUGGGUAACUUCCUACCCAUUGCUGUGAAGUCCAUACACCGCAAACGCAUGCCAGUCAAAGAGGUGCGGGGAGGCCAGACUGCUUCGUUUGCUCUGAAAAAAAUUAAACGCUCCUCUAUUCGGAAAGGCAUGGUGAUGGUGUCUCCUCGGUUGAAUCCACAAGCAUCUUGGGAAUUUGAAGCUGAAAUUCUGGUAUUGCAUCAUCCUACUACCAUCAGUCCACGUUAUCAGGCAAUGGUGCACUGUGGCAGUAUCCGUCAGACAGCUACUAUCCUCAGCAUGGACAAAGACUGUCUACGCACAGGCGACAAGGCCACAGUUCACUUCCGCUUCAUCAAGACCCCAGAGUACUUGCACAUAGACCAGCGGCUUGUCUUCCGUGAGGGCCGUACCAAAGCUGUGGGCACCAUCACCAAGUUACUCCAGACCACUAAUAACUCUCCGAUGAACUCCAAGCCCCAGCAAAUCAAGAUGCAGUCAACAAAAAAGGGGCCCCUGAUAAAGCGAGAGGAUGGGGGGGCCCAGGCUGGCCUAGCAGUGGCAGGCCCCGCCGUGGCAGACGAUGCUGCUUCCUCGGGAGCAGCUCCCUCCGCUCCAUGUAGUGCCCAGCAACCACAGGCAAAGGCUGGAGGAGGUGGCCGGCGACGUGGAGGCCAGCGCCAUAAAGUGAAGUCUCAAGGAGCUAUCAUGACCCCUGCCGGUGGCUGUUGAACAUGUUUCUGUUCAUCAAGGAAUUCUUGUUCCCUUCUGUCCUUCUUUCUUAAACGCCCCCAAUCUCCAUCGAGCAGCAUAACCAAAAUCCAUCUCAGCUGAUCUGCUGCUGUGGAACUCUUUUCCCAUCCCAGAGGGGAGUGACAGGGGCUGUGGGGGGGGCUGCAGCUGAAGGUGACAAAGCACACAUGGAACUGACCAGCUGCCGCCUUCUCCCUCUGCUCCAAAACAUUUUGUAUGUCAUGAGCUCUUAGUCGUUAUUUUUAUUAGUUUUUAUUAUGGUGGAUGUUUGUGCGUGUGUGUGCAUGAAAAUCAGGAGAAAUCCAGGUAUUAGAGAAUAAGGUACCUGUCUUCUCUCCCUGCCCCCAACCCCGUUCAUUUUUAAAAACAAGUUGUCUCUGUGGUCUAAGGUCUAGAACUCCUAAAAUGUUAAAACCCUGUAAGAGCACAAAUGGCGUCAGGGGCCCAGUGAUCCUUGCCCUCUGGCAGUGAUGGUGCUGAGUGAGCUCUCGUCCUUCCCACUUGUAAUGCAGCGGUGAGUGCCAUGAAAGGAGCUCAUGACAAGCAGCACCCCAACAGAUGUGUUAAAGUGAGAUCCCAGUAUGGAAGCUUGCUUAAAAGCUUGAGGUAUGGUUGCCUGGUUGGGUAAUGGAAGCAGAAGCACUUCUUUUUUUCCCAACCUGAAAAUAAAGGCAAUCAUUGGUGAUAAUUUCAGUUGACGGCAGGAAAGUCCACAUAAUCUUGGGUUAUGUGGAGGUGUCAUGUUUUCAAAACUGAUUAUUUUUUCUUACAGAGCUAGUCAUGAUUGUCUGUAUUCUGGGUGCAUGCCAUAUCUGACCUUGCUGCCAGUCUACAUGCGUAUUCAUAAUUUGGAAGAGGGGAAGACCAGCAGCUUGUAGUUACUUGUCCAUUUAUUCCCCAUGGCUUCCUCCCCAACCCCUUUCAAAGACCACUGUUCCCUCCCCUUCUGCAUGACCGGAGCUAAUAACAGGCACUGCUAAUAGUGCCUGCUGCUGGUGUGUUCUGUAAUGCUGCUUUUUGCACAUUGGAGAAAUGGCAUCUCCUUCUGCAACCAGACACAUCUGAUAUUAGAAGCCAGCUCUUCCCUUUGUUUCAGCAUUUUGUCAGAAUCUUAACUUUGCCAUGGACAGUAAUGGAAAUUUGGGGACUGUCUAUGAAAGCAGGGACUGUAGAAUCAGCAGAGAGCUGAUUUGGUCACAUGGCUGGGUUUUAUAACUUUUGAUAGACAUUUGCAGCAUCUUUUCAAAACACAUUCUGAAUUGACUUUUUAAUUAUCAUCAUGACUGUGUGUACGUGGUGGUCUUUUUUACAAAAGACAGACAGAACCAGGUUUGUAGUUAACUGGUUUGUAACUUUUUACCUUUUUCAACAUGUUGUCAUUUCAAAUUUCCUGUUUUUUGAAUAACUGAGUUCCUUGGAAGAUAAAAUGAACAUUGGAGAACAGUAGGUGUAUGCUGGGCCUGCCUUGCCUGAACUCUUACGGACUUUGUCCUUAGCAGCUACAGUAUUAAUUGCAUCCUCAAAAGAGAAGAGAAACAGGGUAUGAAGUGUAGCUAACGUGAGAUGGCAGCUUGUGCUACUCGGUGUAGUAUUUAACCGUGUGUGUGUUUCAUUGCCAUCUGUGUUCAGUGAACAGAGGUGUGAGGUCCUUUUUUGCCCUCUUCAUUCCUUAGCUAUGAAUGAAGGUGUCAUGCUGAAGAUCUAAUAAGGAAAAGCCAGAGUGCUGUAUGCUAUUUUGUGACCAGCAGUUAAGACUACUGAGGCUGGCAUGAUGCGAAGAUAUUAAAGUUUUGUUCAAAGUUCCCACAAUCUACGCAGUUAUUUCUAACGUUUAUUCUUAAGCAGUAACUUGCAAAGUUGAAGCAUCCACUUCCUAAUGCUGCAUCCAGGAAGGGCUGCCUAGCUUGAUGCUCUUCAGAAUGUGCACAGAAUCCGUCCGAGGGGUCUGAUGGAAUCCCUGGCUUGUUACUCAAGUGUGGAAGGUUCUUAAAGGCUAAUGCUUUAAGUGGGGCUGUAGAUCAUUGGGCCUCUCAUGAAAGAAGCUUUCCCUAUCCCAACCCCAGUUGCAGUUUUCACACCUACUGGAUAAAGGCUACAAAACUCUGUGCAAGGAGGCAGAUACCACAGGAAGCUAGAAUAUGUUUGGGAACUAGUCUGAUGGUUCUCUAAUGCUGCUUCCAUUGGGAUAGAUCCCAAAGUGAGGGGCUUAAUCUGUGCUGGCCUAGUUGUCCUGACAAUAGUUAGAGCAUUAGCCUUAGAGAACCUUCCACAC